AUCAAUCAUAUUCAUAUUUCAUAUGAGCUCCGGAGCUGCUGCAGCCACGUACGCACGAAUGCCGCCGCAGCCGCAAACAAAAACAGCAGCGGCGGCAGGAGGAGGUCGGAUCGCGCACCGCACCCGGGACAGCUGCGUGGCCGUCUUCUGCAGCAGGCUCUGCUCCCUCCUCCUCGCCGUCAUCCUCGUGGCCGGCGUGGCGCUCUUCGUCGCCUGGCUCAGCCUCCGCCCACACCGCCCGCGCUUCGCCCUCGCCUCCUUCUCCCUCUCCGGCACGCAGGCCGCCUUCAAGGUGUCGGACCGCAACCCCAACCGCCACAUCGGCAUCUACUACGACGGCGCCACGCGUGCCUCCCUCCGCUUCUACGACGCGCUCGUCGCCUCCGGCCCGGCCUUCCCCGCCGGCUGGUACCAGCCCAACAUGACCACCAUCUCCAUCGCCGACCCCGCCGCCUGGCACUCCUUCUCCGCAGCGCUCCACGCCGGGCGCCUCCCGCUGCGCCUGGAGCUCGUCUUCUAAGGCGUCCGGUUCAGAGUCAGCAGCGUGUUCUACUUCCACUCCGGGCGGCAGAGGAUGCAUGUCAAGUGCGACCUGCUCGUGGGCGCCGACGGCAACCUGCUCAGCGAAUCCGUGGGGGCAUCCUGCGACAGAUACUUGUGAAUUCUCAUGACUCAUUACCUACUUAACUUACUCUAGUAGGAGUAGAUUGUUGUUGGAGCUCGAUCCAUUUUUAUUUGCUAUACAUAUACAUCAUAGGACCAACGAAAAGCAAAUUAAUUCGU